GCUGGAUCUUGGGCGCGGGCGCUCGCAGUGGGCGGCGGGGCGUGGCGGACAGGGCCUGUGGACUAGGCCCCGCGAGGUAAUGGGGACUGAACGCCGUUGGAGCCGGACUUUAAAGAAAUGGCUUCGUCCGGGUGCUGCCCACAGGCACUACGGGGUUCUGCUCAGGCAAGCCUGGGAGCCCGCGGAGCGACGGCCGGACCCCCACCCCCACCCGAGGGGCCGCGUCCUCCGCCGGAGGCUGGCCAGCACCCCGACCCUGCGCGAUCCGGAGAUCUGGCUCGUGAUCACUUCCUCGGGAGUCAGCGUCUGCCGGGGAAAUGGGGUGGGGUAGCAGAAGCUUAAGCCCUCGGGUGAUUGACUAGGGCUGGAUUUGUCCGGUAGGAAGUUCCCUAAAUACAAAUGUCCCCAGUGAUUAGAAUCUUGAUCUUAAGACUCCUUGUUUGGAGGUGGCUUUUUUUUUCCCCCUGAAAAGAAAUACCUUGCAAAGAAAGCACUUCAGUGUGUAUUUGCUUUGCCUUUAAGAAGUCUUAGUCUCCUUUCCGCCCUUAAAGAUGCAGUAGGGAAUAAAGAGGCACUGGGGUUUAAAAAGUCCUACUUUCUUGGGCCUACAUACCAACAUUCAGAGAUAACAUUUAAACCUUAAAACCUUAAAUUUUCUUCGUUGUGUUUUCUGAGGAACUUAACUUUGAAACAUGUAAUGUCAUAUAGCUAAUAGUAUGUUUUAUGUUAGUACAUUUCAGCAUCAACACUAGGGAAAAAUAGGAAUGGCUGUGGAGGAACUUCAGUCCAUAGUGAAGAGAUGCCAAAUCUUAGAAGAACAUGACUUCAAAAAAGAAGAUUUUGGCCUAUUUCAAUUAGCAGGCCAAAGAUGUAUAGAAGAAGGGCACAUAGAUCAGCUAUUAGAAAUUAUUCAGAAUGAAAAGAAUAAGGUUAUCAUCAGGUCUAUGGGCUGGAAUCUUGUUGGUCCACUUGUUAGGUGUCUUUUGUGGAAUGAUAAAGAUGAUAAAAGAAAAGAUUAUUUUCUGAUGCUUGAUUUCUUAGUAAAGUUAUGUAAUCCAAAGGAAUUAUUGUUGGGUUUGCUUGAACUGAUUGAAGAGCCUUCUGGAAAACAGAUAUCCCAAAUUAUUCUUCUUUUACUUCAGCCAUUACAAACAGUGAUUCAGAAACUUCCUAACAACAGGGCAUAUUCAGUUGGAUUGGCAUUGUCUACCCUCUGGAGUCAGCUGUCUCUCCUCCCUGUUCCAUACUCAAAAGAACAGAUAGAAGCAGAUGACUAUGGCCUCUGCCAAUGUUGCAAGGCCUUAACAGAGUUCACUAAACCUUUUGUGGAAGAAGUCAUUAAUGGCAAAGAAGAAAAAGAAAAGGAAAAAUUAAAAGAUGAACUGCUGAAAUUCUGUUUCAAAAGCUUGAAAUGCCCUUUACUGACAGCACAGUUCCUAGAACAAUCUGAAGAAGCUGAGGAUGAUCCUUUAAGGAGUUUUGCUUCUGACAUAAUAAGCUUAUUAGCAGCAAUUGGAUACCCUUUGCCCCAAAUUAUUUUUAAUCAUGGAAAGAGAAAGAAGACUUGGGAUUACCUUGAAUUUGAGGAGGAAGAAGACAAACAGCUGGCAGACUCCAUGGCUUCUCUGGCGUAUCUGGUAUUUGUUCAGGGCAUCAAUCUUGACCAGCUGCCGAUGGUGUUAAGCCCAUCAUACAUUUUGCAGUUUAACAUGGAGCAUAUUGAAGUCUUUCUGCAAAGAACAGAGGAGUCUGUUCUCUCCAAAGGAUUGGAACUACUGGAGAAUGGUUUGUUGAGAAUAGAAGACAAUAGUCUACUGUAUCAGUACUUGGAAAUCAAGAGUUUUCUUAGUGUACCUCAGGGCUUAGUCAAAGUAAUGACACUCUGCCCCAUUGAGACACUGAGGAAAAAGGGCUUAGCGAUGCUUCAACUAUAUAUUAACAAGUUGGAUUCACAAGGCAAAUAUACAUUAUUUAGGUGUUUAUUGAAUACAAGUAAUCACUCAGGUGUGGAAGCUUUUAUUAUUCAAAAUAUCAAAAAUCAAAUUGAUAUGUCACUUAAGAAAACCUAUAACAAAUGGUUUACAGGACCACAGCUGGUUUCUCUUUUAGAUUUGGUACUGCUUCUACCAGAGGGUGCUGAAACAGAUUUACUGCAAAACUCAGAUAGGAUUAUGGCUUCAUUAAAUUUACUGAGGUAUUUGGUUAUCAAAGAUAAUGAAAAUGACAAUCAAACUGGAUUAUGGCCAGAACUUGGAAAGAUUGAGAAUAAAUUUUUAAAGCCACUACAUACAGGACUUAAUAUGUCAAAAGCACAUUAUGAAGCAGAAAUUAAAAAUAGCCAAGAAAAUAAGCAAGCAGUCCAGAAGUCUCAGAGUCUUUGUUCUGUAACUGUAAGUGGAGAAGAGAUCCCUAAUAUGCCUCCUGAAAUGCAGCUUAAGGUCCUCCAUUCAGCUCUUUUCACGUUUGAUUUGAUUGAAAGUGUUCUGGCUCGGGUAGAAGAACUUAUUGAAAUGAAAACAAAGUCUACCUCUCAAGAUGUGGGGAUAAAAUAAAGGUUUACUUACUAAAUAAAAACUACUAAAAUACGGUAUUUUCCAUAUGCCUUAUUUAGUACUUUAACAACAAAUUUCCUAAGAAAAGUAUCUUGCUAGGAAAAAUUCAGCUUUUCUCACUUGUCAGUUUCUAUAAUACCACCAUAUAGAUCAGCAGUAUCCUUUGGUCUUAAAAAGCUUUUGAAAAUCCUAUGGAAACUAGUAAUUCUGUAUUAUAACUUCAUAAAUUAUACUGAAAUGCUUUAUUCAUAGACUUUUAUGGUUAUAAAAACUGGACAUUUCUGUUUGUUGGUUACUGUGUAACAUUUUAGAACUCUUUUAAGCAGGGGUGGGAAAUGAAAUCAUUUGACACAUAAGGGGACAGACACAUAGGCUUUUUUUUGGUUGGCUGCUCAUGGCCCUUCUGCCUGUAUUGGUGAUUUUCUAUGGUCCUCAAAGAUGCUAUAAACAUUCAAAUGGCCCUUGGCAGAAAAAGGUUCUCCACUUCAGUUAGUGUCCUAUUGUAUAUCACACUAUUGUCCCAUUACCACUUCUCUAGAAAGUUGCAAUGUGCAAGUACCUGCAAAGGUUAGCUUUAGAAUACUGGCUGACAUUGUUGAGAACUAUUACUGUUUCUUUAGUCUAGGAAACUAAUUAGAAAAUGCUUUAUUUUUAUUUUCUGAUAAAAUAUGUGAAUACCCAACGAAUUUGUAGCAUUA